GGGCAAUGAAAGAGCUGUCGAACUAGGAGACCAGGAAUCAGCGAGGGACGAAGCCCCAGACGUGGGUGAUAGGAAAGACGUUCCCAGAGGAAUGACAGGAGUUUCCCGGACGUCCUGGAACUGGGAGCCGAGAAAGAGAGAGAGAGAAGGAGAGAGAAGCUACCGGCAGGAAACCAGGAGCAUCAUGUGAAGGAUCCAGGGAGAAAUGGAGAUUCCCUGGGCUCAGAAGUACAGUCUCCAAACCCCGAGGGGCUCCAUUGCCACUGUUCAAGGAAUACGAUGGAGUCCAUUCCUAGAGCAUCCCCUGCCACAAGACCAUGGAUCGAUGCAGGAGGACGUGAGGGGGAAGGUGACCCAGGCUGGUCUCCUGCUCCAAGCCCAUCUCCUGUCAGCGAACCCAGAGCUGAUGCGCGACCGGAGACUGCACCUCAGAUCCCUGCGCAGACAGUGUUGUUCGGGACGGGAGAUGGUCGACAGUUUACUACAGAACAACCCCCUGGUGCACUGCAGGACCCAGGCAGCUGGUGUGUGGCAACUGCUCAUGGAGGAAGGGUUGCUGCAGUCCGUAAAAUCGAGGGAGAGAUUCCAGGACCGGGACAACCACUUCUACCAGUUCACACAGACCCCAGCGAGGACCCAGGAAGCUGCAGGGGAUCGGGAGGAAGAUGAAGAGGAGGAACUGAACGAGGCACUUUCCCUCCUCACACUCCACGGGCAAGAGGCUGUCCUCACUGCCGCUCUCCGCACACCACCCUCGCAGAGGACAGCGGAAGAUGUGGAAAUGAUUUUUGAGGAGCUGACUCAUGUCAAGGCCGUCCUCCAUCUUUCCCAUACGGUGAGGCGACAGCUGGCGGCCGUGGUUCACUUUGAGAGCUAUCAGACCUCCGGCACUGUGUUGUUCAGCCAGGGGGAGAUCGGGACUUCAUGGUACAUCAUCUGGAGGGGAUCUGUCAAUGUGUACACCCACCACAAGGGUCUGGUGAGUUCCUUGGAGGAAGGUGAUGGAUUUGGAGAGCUGGCCCUUGUCAACAAAGCCCCGCGAUCAGCCACCAUUGUCCUCAGGGAAGACGGCUGCCAGUUGCUCCGGGUCGACAAGGAGGACUUCAACCGGAUCCUGAGGGAUGUGGAGACAAACACGGUCCAUCUGAAGGAGCACGGCCGUGAUGUUCUGGUGCUGGAGAAAGUGUCCCGAGAUCCCAGUGCCCGGAGCUCUCCGGCCUCCCAAACUCACACGUACACAGUGAUGUACGGGACAGCUGAACGGAUCCUGGAAUAUCUCCUGGACAACAUGGUUCUGGAUUCCGGAUCCUCCGACCUCUCAGAGAGUUUAGUCGAAGAUUUCCUCCUGUCGUACUGCGUGUUCCUGCCAACGCCUGACCUCCAGGACGCACUCCUCAAACACUAUGGGGCAGAAGAGCCGGAGAGGAAGCCGUGUUCCCAGGACCGGAAGCAGAGGGUCUUGCUCCUUGUUGCUCGCUGGCUGGAGAUCCUGGGUCACCACUUGAGGGACCAUCCCUCCACCCUCCGCUUCCUCCAGGAUCUGGAGCUCUUAGUUGCAAGGGACAGGCAUCUGAAUGGUGCACUGUCAGACAACAGCAUGGACCAAACAGUAACAAAACGGUCAUCAGAGAUGAUUAUGAACACUCCACAGAUGAAGUUGAGGAACAGCUUAAACUGGUUGAAGAGCCUUCGAAACUCAACAGAUACCCAGUGUUUGAGAGCAGAUACCAAAAUCCUGUAUCACGUGUACCGUCCCAACCACUCACAGAUCUGCCUGCUCCUGCCAGUGGCGUCAUCCGUGAGAGACCUCCUCUCCAUCCUGGCAGGAGAAGAGGAGGAAGGCAGCUCAGCAGGGGAAAGUGUCCUUGUCAAGCUCAGGUCCACUGGGGAUCAGUCGGAGAUGAGUGCGGAUGAAAGAUCUGUCUACACCUCACUGCAGGUGAAUGAUCGCCUAUACUAUGGCAGCCGGGAACAGCUGAAGGCACUGGUACCUGCCAAGGAACAGCAGAUCCCAGCGCGUGACGCCUCUUCCCCAUUGGACUCUCUGGGGUCCCGGGAGCUGGCCGUGCAGCUGACUGAGGUCGACUGGGAUCUCUUCCUCUGUGUCCACGAGGUGGAGCUCAUUGUUUAUGGCCUUGGCUUGAAGCCAGAGCCUGGAACCACAGUUUCCAACCUGCAGAGAUACCUGGGGAGGUUCAACCAGAUCCAGUUCUGGACGGCCAGUGAGUUGUGCCUCUGCGCUGACCUCGGGAGGAGAGCAGCCCUCUUAAAGAAGAUCAUCAAGGUGGCAGCGAGUUGCAAGGAACUGAAGAACAUGAACACAUUCUUUGCUCUGAUGUUUGGCCUUUCCAACCCAGCUGUGAGGAGACUUUCUCAAACCUGGGAGAGGCUCCCGGGGAAGGUCAGGCGAAUGUUCCACGAGAUGGAGAGGUUGCUGGACCCAUCACGGAACCACAGAGUGUACAGACUGACUGUGAACAAGCUGGCGCCACCCUACCUACCGUUUAUGCCUCUCCUCCUCAAAGAUAUGACGUUUAUUGAGGAGGGGAACAAGAGCUUAGUCCAUUCGUUGGUGAAUUUCGAGAAAAUGAGAAUGUGCGCACAAGUUGCCCGCUUCCUCCGAGAUUGUCGACGAAAUUACCAAGGCCCAGGUCAGAAAUCGAUUUCAGACUCUCAGCUCGACACACCGUGUAAAAGAUACUCGACAGGUAAGACCAGAAGACAACUGGAGCUGAGUCCACCUCAUUCUCCCUUAGCCCCCUCAUCGAUCAAGAAGAUGUCCAUCUCUGCCUUCAACACACCCAGUAACUUGCCUCUACAGCCCUCUGUAGCAACGAAUCCCACAAAUUCACCUCACUCUGGCUGAAGAAAUUCUGCUGUCGCAUUAAGAACAUAGAACAUUACAGCACAGUCGAGUUCCUUAGGCUGACAAUGUUACAAUGACCUUUCAACCUACUUCAAGAUCACUCUGACCCUUCCCUUUCUUUUUCUUUCAUGCAUGUGCCUAUCUAGGAAUCUCUUAAAUGUCCCUAAUGUAUCUGCCUCUACCAGCACCCCUGGCAGUGAGUUCCAGGCAUUUACCAUUCUCUGUGUAAAAACACCUACCUCUGACAUCUCCUCUAUCUAUGCUUCUUAUCCAUGCCUCGUGAGGGACAUCCCAUCGUUCUGAGGCCGUGCCCUCGGAUCCUGGACUCCCACUGAUGGGGAUAUUCUCGCUAUGUCUCCUCUCUGCAGGCCUUUCAGUACUUGAGAGAUUUCAGUGAGAUUCCCUCAACCUCCCUCAUCCUUCUGAACUCUACCAAGCACAAUCACAGAUACAUCAAAUGCUCAUCGUUCUUUUAGAUUUUUUUUAGACAACUAGUUUCUAGUGACUGAAACACCGUCAGCAGGGAACACCGCACUGUGUGAGGGGCAUUGCGGCGUGAGCACCCUGCUGCAGGAUGCACGGUGAAGAAGGAGUGCUACGCUACGGGAAGCGGUGGGAGUGAGAGGAGAUUUAACAGUGGAACAUUCCUGCUCUUUCAGCCUAUGCACAGACCCUCUCAGCCAAGGGAAACCUCGGUGUCCCGUGGGACCUGCGAGAGCUAAAGGCCAUAGACAAUGAACAGAUCCUGUUCCAGCUGUCCCGUGAACUGGAGCCCUGACACCUCGCUGACAUCAGUGACACACACCCCGACCCACUCCCUCUGAUCAGAGGUUGGGUAUGCGGGUGCAACAUUUGGGGAGGGGGGCGAAGAGGGAGAGGGUGGAGGUAGAGGAGGAGGAGAAGGGAGGUAGAUAGGAG